AUGGAAAACAUAUCCUCUUCUCAUAUUCUCACUGUCACAGCUCUGAAUGAUUGGGACUGGACCAGCAGGAUCAUGGUUUUUUCUUUUGCGCUUCCAGGUUACCUGCUGACUAUUGUUCUGAAUGUCACCUUGAUUAUGAUUAUUGCUUUUGAGAAAGCCCUGCAUGAGCCCAUGUACAUUUUUUUGUGUAAUCUGUGUGUUAAUGAUCUGUGUGGAACUACAGGGUUUUAUCCCCGGGCUUUGAUAUAUUUACUCACGGAAACAAAUACGAUUUCACUUGAGGAAUGUAUUGUACAAAGUCUUGUUAUUAUUGUCUAUGCAGUUGGUGAAUUAUCAAAUUUAAGUGUCAUGGCAAUUGAUAGGUACAUAGCAAUAUGUCAACCUUUACAAUAUCCUGGUAUUAUGUCACCUUUUACUGUGCGGAGCCUGGUGACUUUUAUUUGGAUAUUUCCUUGUUUUGUGAGUAUAAUUGCCAUUUUGGUGGCUAUGAAACAUCCUAUUUGCAGGCAUGACAUAGAUAAACUUUUCUGUGAAAACCUGUCCUUGGUUAAUCUUGGUUGUAAAGAAGAUAUUUCAUAUGGGAUUUUUAAUGGGUGGAUGUAUGUUUCGAUAACUGUCUUUACUGGUUUAGUUCUGAUUUCCUAUUUACAAAUAAUUCUAGCUUGUAGAAAAUCUAAAGUAAAUCAAGAGAAAUUCUUCAGCACAUGCAUGCCACACUUGAUUAUCUUUCUGAACUACAUAGUCUGUUCUUUUUUUGAUUCCUCCCAGACAGAAUUAAGAGCAAAAACCUUGUCUCGUAAGUUAUAUACCUUUUUGUCUAUUGUAUACCUGACUGUUCCCCCUGUUGUCAAUCCUAUAAUAUAUGGAAUUAAAUUAAGACAUGUAAGGGCAAAAAUAUUGUAUAUAUUACAGUUAAAGCAUUAA